CCGGUGGCAUCGAGCGGAGCGCGGUGGUGGGGUCUUUCAGCUGGACAAGUCGAACGCGUCGUGGUUCGUUCUGUCACGUAAAGGGUGGGACAAGACGUUCAACGCGAAGUUCUCCGUGCGUCGAGGAAUUGAACUCGUGGUGUAGAAAAAUAAAAAUUAAAUCCCCGUUAAUCGCUGUCAGUAGAAGCGUGGUGGGUAGGGGAGGGGAGGGGGCAUUGCUAUUCCUGUGGACGGCGAUGUGAGUCCGAAGGCGAAGAGGAAAAGAGAGAAGAUUGUCAACGAUUUUAAUAUUUGGAACUCGAUAAAGGUUUUGCCGAGCGCGCCGUCCCCGGCGGCGGUGACGCGAUGAGGCCGCCCCGCCCGGCGCUCCUCUUGGUGACACCCCUCCUGCUGCUGCUGCAUUGGGCGGCCGCGGUGCGAUCCGGAGGGCGCCCGGAGGCCUCGUUGGAGCCGCAGGACGCCGUGGCGACCUUGGGGCUGCCGUUCACCUGGCGCUGCCGCCUGCCGCCUGGACAGCUGGGCGGCUUGGAGAGGGGCUGCACGGUGCACGAUGUGGUCUGGAGGUUGGCCGGCGAGCGCCUGGGGCCGCCGAACGCGCGGCCCAGCGUCGAGGCGGCGGCCGUGGCGGCGCUGAGGGUGUCGCGCUACGGCCCCGCGGGGCUCUCCAAGCUCGUCUGCCUCCUGGACUGCCCCUCGGGCGAGACGCUGCUCGCCGCGGCCGUCGUGUGCGGAGCAAGUCCUCCAGAGGUGCCCACGGGCGUGAUGUACGUGAUGGGGCCUGACCUGGAUGGCGACCUGAUGUGCACCUGGGACUCCCUGCCGAAGAGCUGCCUCCCCACCAACUACAGCAUCAUCGUCAGCGUGCCGGACACCACCACGACGAGUGUGCACGCGUGCGGGGCGGGUGUCGCGCGCUGCGUCGUGCCGCGCGAACACUUCAACAUCUUCAUGACCCAGACGUUCCGGCUGCUCGCCCAGAGCAGUCUGGGCAGCGCGGAUCACCUCGCUGAGUUCGACCCCACCAAGUUCCUGAAAACCGACCCCCCGACGUUGGACAUGGACGACUUCCAGCUGAGCGACUACCCCCUGGUGCGCUGGAGCGGCCCGCGGGACAUCGACCCGCUGGUGGUGAAGCUGCGCUACCACCUGCGCUACCGCCCCUCCGCACUGCCCCAGCAGCCGUGGACGGACGUCCCACAGAACCUGAGCGCCACCUCGUUUGCGCUGGACCAGCUGCUCCCGCACACCACCUACAGCGUGCAGCUGCGCUGCAUCGGCGGCCGGGGGCAGCUCUGGUGGAGCGACUGGGCCGAGGCGAAUGCCACCACCGCGGAGUUGGCUCCCUCCGCAGGCCCCGAGGUGUGGAGAGUCGUGACCCCGGCGGAUUCUGAGGGUCAACGCAAGGUCUUCGUCUAUUGGAAGACGCUGGAGCCGGACGUCGCCCGCGGCAACGUCCUCCGCUACGCGGUCACCGCCGAGAGCGUCGACGGCCCCUUCCGCAACGCCACCGUCGUCGUGGCGACGGACCGAUGCGGCGACGCCGCGGCCACUCCGGCGGCGGCGGGGGGGGGCUGCAGCGCCGUGCUGACGCUGGACGCCGGCGCCCACCGGCUCACGGUGACGGCGCAGAACUCGGCGGGGGAGAGCCCGGCGUCGCGCGUCGGCGUCGCCGCCGUAGGGUCGCACGGACCGCCGGCUCCGAGCGCGGUGUACGCCGCAGAGGCCGGCGACAGCACCGGCGUGCUCGUCAGCUGGGCGUCACCGGGCCACGGCGCCGCCUCUCACCGCGCCGGCGCCGCCGCGACGGCCCACCACGUGGUCACGUGGUGUCCUGUCGCGGCCGCCCCAGAGGGGUCGUGUCGAUACAACUUCCUGUGGCUGGCCGCCGGCAAGACGAGCGUCGAGCUUCGGGACGUGGUACGAGCCGGCGAGCGUUUGGACGUGUCGGUGUUUGCGGUGCACGGUGACGGAGCGGACGUCAGCCGGCCCGUCACGGUGCAGGCCUACAGCAAGCAGCUGGUGCCGUCGCGUGGCCCCGGCGUCACGACGCAGUCCGUGACGGAGUCCGGUGCCACCGUCGAGUGGGCCGAGUUGACGGUCAACGAGAGCCGCGGAUUCAUCACCGGCUACACCGUCUACUACCGCGCCACCGACCCGCGCGGAGCCAUCCACAAUGUGACGCUCGGUGCGAGCGAGCCCCGCCGGCUGGCGCUGCGCGACCUGCAGGCGGGAGCGCGCUACGUGGCGUGGGUGCGCGCCGCCACCAGCGGGGGCGAGGGCCCCGCGGGCACGGAGCACACCUUCGCCGUGCCCUCGUCCACGCGAUGGGUGGUCACCCUCGCCACCUUGCUGUUGCUCUCGGUCGUGGUGGGCGUCGCGGUCGCCAUCGCCCUCUGGCAGCUGAGGAGCCACAAGCUGCUCUUCUGGCAACACAUCCCCGAUCCGGCGGACAGCAAACUCUUCAAGUCCUUGAAUCUGGACAUGGCGUGCUCCUACUCGGCGUUCCCCUCGGACGACGCGUUCGUAUCGCCCGUCACCGCCGACGGCGUCACCGCCGACGGCGUCUCCGGCGGCGGCAAGGGCGGCAAGUGCCGCUCGACGAUCACCGAGGCGGGCGACGCCGACCCCGACGCCGACAGCGAGUCGAGCAGCGGCGUCGGGGGCUCGUCCGGGCUGUCGACGCCUCGGUGCCCUUCGCUCACCGCCGCCAGCGGCGACGCUGCCGCCGCGCCGGCGCCGCGGGUCAUCGUGUCCACCGGCUACUUCAAGACGCUGCCUGUCAGCUCGGGCCUCGAGAUCGUGCGGCUGGCACCGGGCUCUACCGCCGCCGGGGAGGACGAGUCGUGCGAGGCGAUGGGCACGGCCGGCGGGAGGGCCGAGGACGAGGAGGCGGUGGGGGCGGCGAUCCCGCAGGCCGUAGGUCGGCAGGGAGAUGCCGAGGACGACGAGGAGGAGGAGGAGGAGGAGAGAUUUUCCGCGUUGGACUUGCGGUGCGGUGGCGACGGUGGAGGCGGAGCGGCGUGCGGGACGCCGCCCUCCGGCUGCAACGAUUUCUCGCACCUCAUGCCGCCGCUGUCGCCGGAUUCCGGCGCGGCGGGAUUUGGCGACGGCGGGCAGCUGAGGCUGCCGGACGACUUCGACAUCGCGAAGCUGAUCGCCGUCGGGGGUUUGUGAACGGAAUCGCAGGCGGGCUCGGCUACGAUCACCGGGGGGUGGAAUGAACUGCCGCCGUGUGAGAGAGAGGCGGGGAGCAGCACGCAAGCCGCAUUUUUCUUUUCUCGCCGACAAACAUUGUGUGGUUUUGGAACGCGUGCCUUUCAAACAAACGAACGAACGUUUUCAAUUUGUUGUACGUGAAUGUAGAUUCUUUUUUACUGCUGCUGCUGUUUUUUUUUUAUCACCGCCAUGGACUUCUCAAAAGGGCAAGAUACCCGGGUCGAAGCACUGGGUUCAAGGGGCACCACGGUGGCUAGGAGAUGUUAACUCCCUCGCCUGGUACACAGGAGGUCGUGGAUUCGAUUCCGACCUCCGACGAUGCCUGCUGCUGCUGCUGUGUAUUUGGAGUCUGCGUGUCUCUCUCUCUCUCACCGUGGUGGUGGCGUGAAUUUUUCUCCAGGGUCCUCCUGUUUUUCCUCUCCACGUUUAGAACCGACGUCACCACGCUUUGUUGAACCCCGGCUAGGACACGAGUUCGAUUCCCGCUCACGGCCACCAAACACCGGUGACGAUUAUCGGAACCGGUCCUGAGGCCUCCACUAGGUCGACUCAGUCUCAAAUGAGUACCUGGUGCUGUGUGUGUAAUAAACAUCGUCACUGAGGGAGACAAAGGCGGCCGGGCGUGGUGCUGGCCACCUCCACCCCCUCGUGUGCCACAGUGCCGGCCUUCAUAGGUGCUGUGACUCACUAACAGCACUUGCCCCGAGUCUGUUAAGACUAUACAGGGGAUCUUUGUCUUUGUUGUGUGUCUGCGUGUGUGUCUGUGUGUCAUAGGCGCUGCUGCUACUCGCUAACAGCACUUGCCCCGACGGUCUGUUAGAGGCUACACGGGGGAUCUUUGUCUUUGUCUCCUUCAUAGGCGCUGCUGCUGCUACUUGCUAACAGCACUUGCCCCGACAGCCUGUUAGAGGCUACACGGGGGAUCUUUGUCUUUGUCUCCUUCAUAGUUGCUGCUGCUGCUACUCGCUAACAGCACUUGCCCCUACAGUCUGUUAGAGGCUACACGGGGGAUCUUUGUCUCCUUCAUAAGUGCUGCUGCUACUCGCUAACAGCACUUGCCCCGACAGCCUGUUAGAGGCUACACGGGGGACCUUUGUCUUUGUCUCCUUAAUAGGCGCUGCUGCUACACGCUACUAACAGCACUUGCCCCGACAGUCUGUUAGAGGCUACACGGGGGAUCUUUGUCUCCUUCAUAGGUGCUGCUGCUACUCACAACUAACGGCACGUACCCCGACAGUCUGUGAGAGGCUACACGGGGGAUCUUUGUCUUUUGUGCGUGCGAGAAAGAGAGAGACACCAGAUGUUGUUAGACAAUCUAACACCGACUUUUUGGUGCCAGGCGUUUAUUGCGGCUUUUUCUUUCCGCCUUCGGGGGGGGGCGCGGUGUGGUGGGGGAUGAGGGGGGGUGGGGGGAAGUGGGGGGGGGGGGGCUGGGUGUCUUAUAAAACCCGGAGAAUUGGCGGAGAAAAGAUUGUAAAGCGAGUCUCUGAUGCCUGGCGGUCGUUUUGGCAA